ACAUCACGUGACAUAGCGAGGCGACACGUUUUGCUUCUAGUUUAUCUUCUGGCCGUCCUGGGGCAUCCUCGGGAGGGAAUAUUCACGGCCAGGCAAGCACUGAUGUCGAUAAGUGCAACACGUAUGUGGCUACAUAUUCUGCUUUUUUCUUGGCUCGACGUUUGUGAUAAUUCUGUUGAACAGAAUCCCACGUCCUUCCUGGCGACACCCAAAUUAUCUGCCCCUGUGUGGAUGAGCGCGGCCAACAACUUCAAGCGGUGUCAGUGUAGAAGUUCAGCAGUGAGGCCCGAACACACGGGGAUGUCGACAGAUGGCGCAGCUGCUGAAACCAAGAUGUCCGACACUACCCUCACCACCGGAACACGUGCUGACAUCGACGACAGAGCAUGAGAUUCAGGGUAUGAAUUGCAAGGAGAAUGGACCAUUAUCAUCUGCUGCUGGGUCUGACGAACACCAGACAGCUCCAUGUACGUCUUCAGAGAUGCAGGCUCAUCAGCUCCCCACCACGGUCAGUACAACACACCCACCAGCUGAGGGGGAACACGAACAUCGUCACAAAUGUAUGGUAUGUGAGACAACCUUCACACGCCUCUCUUCCCUUAAAAGACACACGAAGAUACACACAGAAGGGCGUAGCUAUCAAGAUCAGACGAAAAGCAAACAGUGUAAUAGAUGUAUAGUAUGUGAAAAAGUGUUCAAACGCCGCCAAGACCUAAAACAACACAUGACCAUACACACAGGAGUGUGUAGUGACCGAGCUAAGAGACAACGCGAACGUCGUUACAAAUGUAUGGUAUGUAAGAAAGGGUUCAAAUCCCCCCGUGCUGUGAAAGAACAUAUGAAUAUACACACGGGGGUGUGUAACUUUCCAUGUGAAAUUUGCGGGAAGAAAUAUUAUGUGAGUCAGAGUUUGAAGGCCCAUAUGUUCACCCACUCCACGGACAGGCCACAUCAAUGCGAGCUCUGCCCGAGUACGUUCAAAAAGCCAAGCGAGUUAAAGAAGCAUAUGUUGGCUGUACACGAGGGAAUACGGAGAACGAAAUGUAAUGACUGCAAUAGGUACUACUAUCCAUUUUUUGGGAGUGACGAGAGGCAUGCGAGGAGAUAUCAUGUUGGAGAGGACUACAGAAUUGAUGCGAAGCCAUUCAAGUGUUCACUUUGUGAUGCUCGGUUUAAGGAACGGUGGUACAUCAGCGUCCAUGAAGACGUAGUACAUUCAAAUGAGAGACCUUUUUUAUGUACCGUGUGUGGUAAAGCAUUUAAAACAAAUUUUGUGUUGCAAGCUCAUUCUGCUGUUCAUAUGGAAGCAGAGGCAGUUCGUACUGAAUGUAAAGUAUGUCAGAAAAUGGUCAGGAGAGCUACCAUUUCUACUCACAUGAAAUGUCACGAGGAGAAGAAGUUUUUGUGUAAUACUUGUGGGAAACAGUUUUGUACGAAAUCUCAGCUGAAGACCCAUGAGAAAAGCCACCUGGCGGUGAGAGCACAUGCCUGUGAGCUGUGUGACAAAAGAUUCACUCUCCCCCAUCAGCUGAGGGCCCACAGAAAAACCCACUCUGUGUCAGAAUCCAAGAAGUCGAAGUGACAAGACUGCCCCCCCCCCCCCCCAAUAACCUAUGAGAGCACUCUGUGUCAGAAUCACGAAGUCGAAGUGACAAGACUGCCCCCCCAAUAACCUAUGAGAGCACUCUGUGUCAGAAUCCGAGAAGUCGUAGUGACAAGAAUGAGUACCCAAUAACAUGUGGACGCACAGAAGAACAAUUCUGUAUUGGCACAAAAUACAUUCAACUGUUCAUUGACGCAGGAAAUACCUACAACUGCAUAAAAUAGACUUGUCCGACAUUGCCGAGGUCAGAUUUUAUUGAGGGAGUCAUUAUAAAAUAUGGGUAAACAUAUUUAAAGCUUGUACAUUAUAUCAUCAUCCUUAAAGAGGCCUUACAUAAUGUUGAUAU